UCCGAGAAAAGCGAGCCUCGCGCUGCAUCGCCACAGACCAUCAAGCAGACAGACGGACGGACGCAGGGCCCGACAGGCAUGCAGCGCUUCUAAACCGGCGCAUUCCUUUCUCUCAUCUCCGCUGAUUGUCUUUCGCCCAAGAAGAAGAGAGAGGGGGAAAGCUCUCCCCCGCGUUUCCCGCCGUUGGAUGGCAGACAUCGCUAUGACUGGAGAAGCUGGCGCCAAUCGCACAUUUCGCUCCAUCUUCGGCGACCAAAGGCAGCAACCUGAAGACGUACUGAAGCUGGAGCACAGCGACGGAAGUGCAUCUGUCGCUGGUGGCUUAGGUGCUGGCGCUGCUGUCCUGGCCAUGGACGACGACGACGACGACGACGCCAUGUGGAGUGAUGAAGUGCCACUGGAUGGCGAUGCAACCGCAAAGGACAACAAUGACAUGCCUGGGCUACAAUUUGCGCAACGCAAGUCGAUGGAAGAAUGGGCGGACGACGACGAUGAGGAGGAGAACUGGAAAGAGGCAUUGCAAGAUCGCGUUAACCAGCUGGAACUCGCGUUCCAGCACAACGAUGACUCCACCGCAGCCGACUCUCGUCGUCGAUUCGAGCAACAGCAGCAACAAUUGCAGCAAAGCUCAGCCUCCGAGCCGCAACGUGCUGACUUCAGUCGGUCGCUUCCAGUACCUUCUUGCCUCACUGCUCCAAAUAUUGACUCGGAGCGAUCUCGUCAUGCCAACCGCCACAAGAUGCAGCGCACAUCUUCAUCUCAUGCAUGUAUUAAUGGAGAAAAAGCAAACACGUCCAGUCGGCCAAACCACCUCUGGAACUUUCAGCGUAAAGUUGUUGGGGGAACUUCAGCCAUUCCGACCGUUCAAGACUCCCGCUCGCGGUCACACUCCAUAGAUUUCGUAGCCCGCAACAUCCAGACAGUUGAGCACCAUCGCAACCGCUCAGGCUUAUUGAGUGGAUCAACUCAUAAGACGGAGUCGCCUCGACAUUCGCUGUCCCGGAAGAAUUCGAUGGAUACUAGUCGCAGCAGCCUCAGCCGAAGUAAUAGUAGUAGUCUCCGCGCCAACAAGAUAGUUGCACCAACAUCAUCCGGUGAGGUAGCGGUAUUUAACCUGAGCGACACAGAGGCCAUUCGCCGAUUCGUGCUGGACGACGUCAAGACCAUGUCUAUGGAGCGGCUUGUGGGCGACGCUCAGCGAUUACAUUUGCUAGAAGAUUUCUAUCAGAAUCACCAAGGAUCAGGCCCCGCGCUGUCCGUCACUACCGUAAGCACAGCCUCCGUGGCUCCACCGUCGCCUGCCUCCUCCACUUCGCCCAUGUCCACAUCCUGA